CACCGGGAGAAGUGAGUGAGGUUGUUGGGAUGGGAAACGAAACGAACGAACCAGCGAACCAGCGACGGCAAAACCACAGCUUUCUUUCCUUCUCGCAGUUCCCACACGGCCGAGGUGCGCUUCAGGCGUCUUAUUAUUUACUUUUUUCCUGCCAGCCAUCAAGCCAGCUAAACUUAUUCCAAGGGACGCCGGUUCUAUAGGCCCAUUGCCAGGCACCAACAAACCCCCCCAACAGGCGGACCAGGCAACCCGGCAGAUCCACCCUCGCGCGACAUUAUUGCCGAAGAUCUGGUCAAUGCCUCUGUAACCUUUUUGAAUCCAGUAGUAACGUUAUUUCUUUGCGCUCGGCUGGAGGAGAGCUGAAGCACCAAAAAGGGGAAAGACUGAGCGGAUUGGGUCUGUUCUAUGUAAUUUUUUUUUAAGGCAAAUACUGAUAUAGUUAUAUAUAUAUAUAUAUACAUGCUUCCCUUGACACGCUCGUUCUACUCAAAAUAGGUUUCCCGUAUUAUCUCACCUCCAUUUAUCUAUCUACCAUUGUAGAUUAUUUCUACGGCAAUAUUCAACCAACUUCAAGCUGCGAUCUUUUUUCCCGAGCCCUCGUCAGCCACAUUGUAUUGAUCCCCCAACCAGCCACAGCCUGGUUAGUCAGCAUCACCGGGUUGCUCCCCCCAGCUUCAACGAAUCCGACGCAUUGAAAGCUGCACAGCACAGCUAUUUCACCACCACUUCAACCUAACUCCUCCCACGACCGUAUCUCUCAACUCUUGUUCCCCUCGUUUCUUCCCGCUGCUGGACUGUCCGUAUACCCCUCUCUCUCUAACCCAGCAUGCCUGCCACCACUGCAGACACCUUGUCCAUGGUGACACGAACUGUCUCUGUCGCCCCGUUAGUCCUCCUCUCUGUCGCAGAUCAUUACGGACGCUCAGCCAAGGGAACGAGACGGCGGGUAGUUGGAGUACUGCUGGGCCAAAACGAUGGCAAGAAUGUCAGGGUUUCGAACAGCUUUGCUGUACCCUUCGAGGAAGAUGACAAGGAUCCCUCCGUCUGGUUCCUAGACCACAAUUUCGUCGAGUCGAUGAAUGAUAUGUUCAAGAAGAUCAAUGCUCGUGAAAAGCUCAUUGGAUGGUACCACUCCGGUCCCAAACUCAGAGCCGCUGAUCUGGAGAUAAAUGAGCUCUUCAAGAGAUACACACCAAAUCCCCUACUAGUAAUCAUCGACGUGCAACCAAAAGAGGUUGGCGUACCUACGGAUGCCUACUUUGCUGUUGAGGAAAUCAAAGAUGACGGCACCACCACAUCGAAAACUUUUGUUCAUACCCCUUCCAUAAUCGAAGCCGAAGAAGCAGAAGAGAUUGGCGUUGAACACCUCCUUAGGGAUAUAAGAGACGUUGCUGUCGGCACUCUCUCCACCCGCAUAACUUCCCAACUACAAUCAUUACAAGGCCUCCAUCUCCGGCUCCGAGACAUCGGGCAAUAUUUACAAAAAGUGCUAGACGGCGACCUGCCCGUCAACCACGCCAUUCUCGGAAACCUCCAGGACGUCUUCAACCUUCUCCCCAAUCUUUCCACCCCCAAGGCAAACAACACGCAAGUAAACGGAACGGAACAGCCACAGACCGAAAACACGGAGCUUGCACGCGCCAUGAGCAUCAAGACCAACGACCAACUUAUGGCCAUCUACCUCAGCAGUUUGAUCAGAGCCAUUACUGCCUUCCACGACCUUAUCGAGAACAAGAUUCAGAACCGCCAGCAGCAGGAGGAGCAAGACGCCAAGAAAGAAGAAGAAAAGAAUGGCCCCAUGACGAAUACCAACGGCAAUAAUAACACCAAUAAUACCAAAAACUCCAAGUCACCGCCUGGCAACAACGAUUCUAAGGAGGAGCAAGAGGGCGCGAAGGAUAAGGGGAAAAAGAAGGGAUGAUUUCGUUACUUUCCCCUCCCCCUCCCUUCUAUGCUCAUUGCUACAUCGCUCUUCUUUUCUUAAAAUCUAUCACGCCCUAUCAUGUCCCCUCCCCUUUUCCCUCCAUCACCUUCCGCUUUCUCCCUUGUGGUUCGCUAAUUCUAGCUCCCUUCCCGUCCCCAUCCAUGCCCUUGAUACCUUCUGUCAAGCAGCAUGAUAUCUAUUCAUGUAAAAUUUAAACGUCAUGAAAUAAAUUAGAGUCUAUACUCCUUGGCCACACCCUGUUUCUCCCCUUCCAUAUACCUAAUCUCUCUUUGCAGCGGGUUGUGACUGAGUGAAGGCAACAGUCUAUAUAGAUGUGCCGUAUGAUGAUGAAAGUGGACAUCGUUUGGUUUGGGUUAGCAAGAUAGAAAGCUUGGAGCGGGUAUGAAGGACGGCUUCUUUUCCUGCUCUUCUAUUUCUGAUGACACACAGAAAAGUCUUUUCAAAGUAAUGCAGCUGGUGGUUGUAACCAACUGAAUGGAGAUUUGGCCCUGCGCUGGCCUUUUUUUUUCGGUGUGCGGUUUAAUUUUCAUGUGAUGGGAUGAUAUAUAUCUAUGGACAGCUAGGUACGGUACACUGGUCCACCCUCGUUUAGUAGAACAAAAUACAGCGCUAGGGAAUAACCGGUGAUCAUAAUAACCCGACGGGCCAUAGCUAUUUGUAUGUACAUACAAUACAAUCUGCCACAGGACAGCCUACCCUUUAAGCUGCUCGCUCAAGCGGACCCUUACCCCGUAACACCCUGUAGAAAUGCAAUAUCAUGGAUAUGUUGUCAUGAACCUCCAACCAAACACUGUCAGCUACUGGGACAGAAGAGCUCAAUCACCACUAGUUAACACUGGAGGAAGAGGGGCUGGAAUACACAUAGGAGAGCUAGCCUCGGUUGACAAAAACACAACUGAUAACGCUGAUUUAUGCUGAUCUACAAGGAGAUGAAGGAAAAAGCGGGGGAGGAGGGAGAUGGAGAGAAACAAGAACAAGAACAAGAACAAGAAGAAAAGCCAACCCCAACCCCCCUUCUCCCCUCCAUUAAAAUCAAGAACCCAAGACUGCAUACGGAGUAGUUUAAACCAGAGCAAACCUCCCAGCCAUAACCUCUUCCCGCUCCCUUUCCCGACCACCACCACGACCAUCAUCACCAUCACCACCACCACCACCCAUAUAAACCCUCCCAACCCCACGACCAAACAACGCCGGACACUGGUUCGCCAACAAGCAGGCGAGGAGGUGCUUGCACACGGGCGUAUUCUUCAUCGAGUCUCUGGUUAGCGUGCCGCCAAAUGGGAAGGCAGGUGUAGGUGUUGAUGUUGAUGUUGAUGUUGAUGUUGAGGAUGGAGGGUUAUUUCUCCCGUCGUGUUUUUCUACCUCUUCUCCUUCUUCCUGGUCACUAUUUUCCGCCCCCGUUGUGGUCCUUGUAGCAGUAGCAGUAGCAGUGGUGUGCUCGGGAGAAUCAGAAUCAGAAUCAGAAUCAGAAUCCAAGUAUCGAAAUGCGGCCAUGCUAAAGGCGGGACAGGAGCAGUUCCAGGCGUUUAGGCAGACGAGGUGGGGGGGUUUGGUUUUAGAGGUGGGGUUAUUAUUCUUAUUGGCAUUAUUGGCAUUAUUGGUAUUUGGUCUGGUUGUAUUCAUCAUGCUCGAAGAUGAGGAUAAAGAGUUGACAAAGUAUAUCCCCCCGUCUGUAUUUCCUCCUCGUCUAUAUUGCUGCUGCUGCUGCUGCUGCUGUUGCUCUGCUUCUCCUGCCCCCUGUCCUCGAUCAUACACAUCCUCGUCAUAGUCAUCGCCAUAUUCAUAUUCAUAUCUUUUUAUCCCCCUCCGGUCUAGGAUAUCCAGAGCCAGGAGCAGUUCGUUGGGGAAGAGGCAAUGUAGAGUUAGGAGGAGGGGUUUUACUUUUGAGAGGACGGGGGCAGGGAGUUGGGUGAGCGGGUUGUUGUUAUUAUCAUGUGUUUCUGUGGGAGGAGGGUUGUUCUGAUGUUGACGCUGCGUAUUGUUGUUGUUAUUCUGGUCUGGAGGUGGUGCUGCUACCGCGCUUGAGGGUGGUGGUGGUGGAUGGAAUUUGGACAGCUGGUAGAUUACUGAGGUGAUGAUUUGAGGGGUGUUUGGGAGGGGGUUUCCCAUUGUUUUGUCCUUUGAAAAGGAAGCUGAAGCUGGAGAUAUAUUGGAAAUUGUUAUCUGAGGGGGUGAUUGUGCUUGUUCAUGUUCUCUUUAUGUCUACUGUGAGGUUUUCAAGUUGUGAGUGAGAUGUAUAAAAGCUCCACUGGCGGGCCCCUUAAAAACAUUGAUGUUCAGCACUGAAAAAGAAACUUUGCUAUUUAUUUA